GUGCUCAAUGAUUCGGACCCAUUAGUCAGCACUAGAGUGGAGACUAAUAUAUUUGUUGAAGUUAAGAGAAGAAAUAGUCUGCCUGUAAAUAGAGAACCAAAAGACAAACUUAAAAAACAUGCAGCACAAAUCAAUCAGGACAAUGCUGAUAAAGAGGUAAUAGUGUCCAUGGAUGGAUAUAAGAACAUGCGUAAUAUAUCUAACGCUGGGAAUAUAAUCACAGUAGAGCCUGCUGCACAAACAUUAGCUAUAGACCAUAUAAGACCCAAACAACUAUCACAAGCAGAUGAAAAGACUCAAACCAAUAAAAAGUUGGUAUCUUCUAUGGUUUCUCAGAUUGCGCAAAGAUCUAACACAGUUUUUUUCUCACAACAGACAGCUCGGAAACCUGUUGAUAUUGAUUCACAAGACGCCUUUUUUGAAUAUGUUCUUAAUCCUUUCAGGCCACCAAUUUCUGUUGAUUUUGUCAAAAUUCCAACGUGUUUUGACUCGUUUCGGCAAUAUUUCGAUGUUUUCAAUCCGUUGCAAAUCAAUGAGACCAUUUCGAGCAUUAAGAGCGCCUUGCUUGAGAACUCAAAAUAUUUUGAAUGUGCAAUUCACGAUUUUGAUAGAGUUUUGAGAAUCCGGGCUGUUAAUUUUCAAUUUGAUGUUUAUGAUUUGCUAUACUUUUCACAACAUAAAACACAGUUCAGCUUUUCGUAUAGACUGGAUGAUGAAGCUAAAGAUGGAUCAUUUGUGGGAAUUGUAACAGAUAUUAAUGCUUGUCAUAGCUCUGAUGGUUCCCACCACACUAGCAUAGUAGAAAUCAAAGUAUCAACAACCACAGCGAUAUCUAAAGCUAGCUACCAAUCCUCUAAUGGCAAUCAACCUAGUAGCCUAUUAUUCAACACCAGUGGUGCAUUAUAUUACAGAUAUUGUGGUAACAUUACAUCGAAUCUUAGAGAAUAUACUGCCUUGAGAGUUGUUAAGGAAUCUGGCGUUCUAAAAUACAUUUUAAGACCGUCAUUUAUGAAAGAUUUUCAGGAAAGCACCAUCUUUUGGGACGAUAAAAAACUUGGCUUUGCCAAAAAUCUGUCAAACUUAAAGUAUUGCUCGAGUUUAACACAGAAUGGUAGUCAAGUUGUUCUUCAGAAUCUUCUUGUGGCUGCUCAUGGCCUGAACUUAUCACAGGCCGAAGCUGUAUCCAAAUGUUUCUUUUCUCGUGAAAAAUUCUUCCUAAUACAGGGACCGCCAGGUACUGGAAAAACAACAACAAUUAUAUCGAUUAUAUCCACAUUCCUGCUGAUUCCACAGACAAACCUAUCUAGAUCCACAGUUUUGAAUAUUGAUCAAAUUAACGACCAUAUUUCAUCCUUGAAGAUUCUAAUUUGCGCGCCUUCAAAUACAGCCAUUGAUGUAGUUGUUACUCGGCUUGCCAGCGGGAUAAAAAAUUUUCGUGGUGGAGUUACACACGUAUCUUUCCUGCGUGUUGGUGCCAGCACCAAUCCAGAUGUGCACAAGUAUACUCUUGAGUACCUGGUAAACCGUUGCGCUUCGCAGCCUAGAUCCGGGCACAGACACAGUCUUGUUUCUACUGCAUCUGUUAUUUGUGCAACAUUAAGUUCGUCGGUUUCAGAUUCAAUAUGUUUGAGCAAAUUUGAUUUAAUUAUCAUUGAUGAAGCCUGCCAGGCAACUGAACUUAGCACUAUUAUUCCAUUCAAAUACAAUCCAAACAAGGUCAUAAUGAUUGGAGAUCCCAACCAGCUUCCGCCUACCGUUAUUUCGGAUCAAAGUCAACUGCAAGUUUCACUCUUUGAAAGACUGCUUUCACAUCAUCAACCGGUAAUGCUUGAUGUGCAGUACAGAAUGCAUCCUGACAUAUGCAAGCUUUCUUCAUUAUUUUUUUAUGAUAAUAGAAUCGAAACAUUCGCAGAUAUUGCACAGCUCAGGCGGAAAUCCGGAUAUGGAGACAUCUAUGGCUUCAGACCUUUGAAUUUUAUUGAUAUUUUGGUAAAGCAAGAAAAAAUAGAUGAUUUCAAAAGCUAUUAUAAUCCUGUCGAAUGUAGCAUUUGUUAUAGAAUCUCUAAAGAGCUGUUCAGAAGGUAUGGAAAUACGUUGAAAAUCGCUGUUUUAACACCAUACAAGGGCCAGGCUAACAUGCUAAUGAAAAACCGGAACUAUGAGAAGAUGGGCAUUGAAAUCAACACGAUUGAUGGAUUUCAGGGCAAGGAAUGUGAUGUGGUCAUCCUCUCUACUGUUAGACGAUUCGGACUUGGAUUUACAUGUGAUUUUAGAAGGAUUAAUGUCGCGAUGACACGUUCAAGAGUAUGCCUAAUAUUACUGGGCAAUAAAAAGUGUCUUUCGCAAAGUUCUGUAUGGAGUGGCAUAAUAGACUACAUAACACAGCAGGGCCAGUAUUUCACAUCAAAAAGCUUGGAGUUAUUUUUAUCAACGCUAUAG